UCACUCACCACCACCACCCACUCUCCUCCAACCACACAGCACUCAAGAGACCAAGCCAAGAACCACAGCCCAAAACAAGCCAAAGCAGAAAAGAUGACAAGCAAGACCAGAACAUUGAUCACCCAACUGAUCCUCAACCAACAACGAAGAACUAACAACACCCUCCUCAACACCCCACCACCAUCACUUCGAUUCAAAUCAUCCGGUUCAUCAGGCGGAGGAUCUCGUACACCGAUCAAGAUCAAAAUCAAUAAGAAGGAUGCAGAUCCUGGGCCCCGUCCAGGUCCCGAUCCGGGGCAAUUGGUCAACCUGGACUACAUCACUCAACCUCCUAUCAAUCUCUCCGCAGUCCCAGAUCUAGAGCCCUCCAAAAUGACCAGCGAAAACGUCGGUAAAUCGUUUAAAUUUUCCAAACAAAUGGCCAAAGCGAUCGACACCUUUUCGAUCCCUUCAUCGAUAUCCAAAGACUGGAAAGCAAUGUCUGUGCCAGUGACAACGCUUCGAAAAGCUUCAGUCGACUUGAUCUCUCGUUUAGCACAAGCCAAAAAAUCAACUACUACCGAUAAACCCAACGUGCUCACACUCAAUGGACAAGCUGGCACUGGGAAAUCAGUUACCUUACUUCAUGGGCUCAGCUAUGCGGUCCAAAACCGGUGGAUUGUCAUAUACAUUCCCGAUGCCAAAUGUGUGGUAGAUGGACAAUACAGUUACGAAUACUGUCCUCGAACGGAGACGUAUCACCAAAACAGUCUAUCAGCAGAGCUCAUUCGGAAGAUCAUCGCCAUCAAUGAUCUCGAGGGAUUGACACUAACGAAAGGAUGCAAGUUAUUUGGGACGAAGGAUGAUCGGAUGGUCGAUUAUGAGGAAGAGAUACCCGCCGGGACGGGGUUAAAGAACCUAGCACAGCUCGGAAUUCAGAUGACCCAUCUGGCCCCGAACGUCCUGCAAAUCCUCUUCGAGGAACUUGCGGCUCAAUCGCAGAAACCCGUCUUCUUCGCCAUCGAUGGCGCUCAGAAUCUCUUCAAACCCUCCGAUUACGUCGACGGCUCGUUCCGAAAAAUCGAUAGUUUCGCCUUCAACGUCGCCAGACUCUUUUUAAACUUUGCUCGGGGCACUCAGAAAUGGUCCAAAGGACUCACCAUUCUGAGCUCCUCAUCUCAACAUUGUCCGACGAAAUCGUUGGCAUGGGACCGCUUGAUCAAGGACCGCCAAGACUCGAUCGUCGAUCGUGAGGCUUGGCCUGGCUGGGAGCAUUACCAGAAACUCAUCAAACCUAUCCAGGCGUAUCCUAACCUGGACGUCCAGAACUUGGACCGUGUCGAGGCUCUCGGCGUCGCUCAGUCCUUCGAACUCUCCCGCUUGGUCUUGGCUCCUCUAGAUGAUCGGGUAUUUCUUAGACAUUUUAUUUGUUCGAAUGGGAAUGUGAGAGAAUUUACGAGAGAAAUCAAAAAUCAAAUCAAAUUAUAGUACAUAAAUAUUUCAAUCCAAAAUACAUAACUCAGAUGAUUGCAGUAAUUUUUUCGAGGGGGUUGAAAACGGUGGCUUGCUUGUCUACACAUGUACACUGAUCGAUCGAUUACACAGCAACGAUGCUUUGGAGCUUGAUGAGGCAUGAGAAUGCUCCCUGCUUAAGUUUAUACACGCGUUGUUUGAAAACCGCGUGACUCGGACAAAGAAAGGCACGCCGAAGCUCCGAAAACAGAGGCUGCUGCCACAUCCAGC